ACGUGGUUUCGUGCUCCCGCCGCCGCUGCUGUUCCGGAAUUGAGCGGAUCUCGUUGCUGAACUCCAGGUUUCGUAAGGGUCUACAGCCUGUAGAGGGGGGCCUGCUGGAUAUUUGCAAUGUCCAAGACGAAAGGCUGCGGGAAGAAGAGUGUUGGGAACCAGGCUGUGAUUAGCAAGUUCUUCCGCCCUGUAGUCAGCAAUGCACAGAGGCAAGACAAUGCAGCAACAACCUCCCUCACCUCAGAUAGAGCAGGGCAGCAGACACCAGACCUUGAUAGGAAAAGGAAAGCAAAGGUUGAUCAAGAUGAACUCGGGACAAAACACAGAAAGCUGGCAAGUCAAGAAAAGAACGGAAAUGGGGAAAUAGUCAAAAAGGCCUGUGGUGAAGCAGAAGUAUGUAGACAUCCUGGAGUAUCUUCAUCCACCAUGGACAGGUUGAAGGGAUUUUCUAUCGACAGGCAGCUAGAACCAUCUGAUACUAAAGGCCCAGGUGUGGAUACCCAAUUCAAGAGAAUUAAAUGUGCAGAAAAUUAUGAUCUAAACUCUGACAUUUGCACAGAACUUGAUGAUUUCAUGCUUACCAAGGAUGCAGACAGAGAAGGAUUGUGUCGGUCUCGCUCUCAAGACAUUGCAAGUCUGGAUUGGCGUCGAUUUUCAGCUUCAAACAAGGGAAGCAGUGUGAAGAACCCUUCUGAGGCGGGCACAGUUAACCGCAGGACAAAGAGCACAUACACUCCACUAGAACUACAGUUCCUGGAGAUCAAAGAGCAGCACAAAGAUGCAGUGCUUUGUGUGGAGUGUGGAUACAAAUACAGGUUCUUUGGUGAAGAUGCAGAGAUUGCAGCUCGAGAACUGAACAUUUACUGUCACCCAGACCAUAAUUUCAUGACUGCCAGCAUACCAGUGCACCGGCUAUUUGUCCAUGUUCGUCGGCUAGUUGCUAAGGGAUACAAGGUGGGAGUGGUGAAACAGACUGAGACUGCAGCUCUUAAAGCUGUUGGAGAGAACAAAGGCAAUCUGUUCACUCGCAAGCUGACUGCUCUCUACACCAAGUCUACGCUCAUUGGAGAAGAUAUUAACCCACUGCUGAGCCUGGACAGCGACUCAGUUGAAGUCGGAGAUGUGCCUAGUGAACCUCCCAACAACUACCUGAUGUGUAUCUGUGAACAGAGACAGAAAAAGAAAGACCAUGUGAAGCAAGGGGUUCAGAUUGGGCUUGUGGCAGUCCAACCCAACACUGGUGAUGUGGUUUUUGAUUGUUUCCAUGACUGUAAAUCCAGAGUUGAGCUGGAAAGUCGGAUCUUAUGUCUACAGCCAGUUGAAAUUCUGCUCCCGGUGGAGUUGUCUGAGAACACAGAAAAGCUUUUGGCGAGCAUCACUGCUUCAAGUUUACGUGAUGAUAGAAUUCGCGUUGAGCGCAUGGACAGUAUCCAUUUUGAGUAUAGUCAUGCUUUCCAGUUGACCUCUGAGUUUUAUGCACAUGGAGCUUCUGAUCUUUCAGAAUCUCAACAGUUGUCCAUCAUAUUAAAUUUGGAGAUACCGGUCAUUUCAUGUCUAGCAGCAGUCAUCAAAUAUCUUUCCGAAUUUAAACUGGAGAAGAUCCUACAUAAUUUGAGUAAAUUGAGCAAAUUCUCUGAGGACUCCACAUGCAUGUCAAUCAAUGGAACAACCUUGAAGAACUUGGAAAUUUUACAAAACCAGACCACUGGCACGACAAAAGGUAGUCUGCUUUGGGUCCUUGAUCAUGCCCAGAAUUCCUUUGGAAGACGACUUCUAAAGAAAUGGGUGGCGCAGCCUUUAACAAAAGCGAGUGAAAUUAAUACUCGUUUGGAUGCAGUCACUGAAAUUCUGAGAUCAGAGUCCAUUGUUCUGGCAAAGACCCAAAAUCUGCUGUCUAAGCUCCCUGAUCUGGAGAGAGGAAUCUGUAGUAUCUAUCACAAAAAGAUCACCUCUUGUUUUGCUAAACUCAGUCCUCCCAUCUCAAGAAUAAAGCUGGUGAAUCUUUGUUGCAACUCCUCUAAGUGCUCCCUGUGGGAGUUCUACCAGUUGGUCCGCACUUUAUCAAAUUUGGAGGUGGGCUUCCAGGCACUGCUCCCAGCUGCUGAGGCCCAGUUAAAUUCAUCCCUUCUUCGUCGUGUUUUGUUGGAGCUGCCACAGCUGUUGGACCCUGUGCAUCACUAUUUGAAGAUUUUGGAUGAAAAUGCAGCCAAGGCAGGUGAUAAGACGCAGCUUUUUACAGAUCUCACUGACUUCCCUAUAAUUCAGCGGCGAAAGCUGGAGAUUCAGGAUGUGCUUUCCCAACUGCAGGAGCAUCGCAGGGAGAUCCGAUUGAUUCUGAGAAAACCGUCUUUAGAUUAUGUGACAGUUUCGGGGCAAGAGUUUCUGAUUGAAGUCAAAAACACUCUGCUGUCUAUCAUUCCAAAGGAUUGGACACAAAUUUCAAGCACAAAAGCCGUCAUCCGUUUCCAUACCCCAUUCAUUGUGGAGCAAUAUAAGCGUCUGUGCCAGCUUCGAGAGCAGCUUAUUCUCGACUGCAAUGCAGAGUGGCUGAAAUUGCUGGAUCAAUUUGGUGUGCACUAUCAUGGAAUAAGAAAUGCAAUCAGUCACCUGGCAACCAUUGACUGCAUCUUUUCAUUGGCAGCAGUUGCUAAGCAAGGAGGAUAUACCAGACCAACUGUGCUGGAAGAAGAGAGACAAAUAGUAAUUAAGAAUGGCAGGCACCCUGUGAUUGACAUUCUAAUGGGAGAACAGGAGCAGUACGUUCCAAAUAGCACUGAACUGCAUGGAGACGGACAGAGAGUUAUGGUAAUUACUGGGCCCAACAUGGGAGGAAAGAGUUCUUAUAUUAGACAAGUGGCACUGAUCACUGUCAUGGCACAAAUUGGAUCCUAUGUCCCUGCAGAAGAAGCUGUGAUUGGCAUUGUGGAUAACAUUUACACAAGAAUGGGAGCAUCUGACAAUAUCUGCAAAGGUCAAAGUACAUUUAUGGAAGAGCUGACAGAGGCCGCUGAGAUCAUUAAGAAGGCAACAUCUCGAUCUUUAAUCAUCUUGGAUGAGCUGGGAAGAGGCACCAGUACUCAUGAUGGUAUUGCCAUUGCUUAUGCAACUCUGGAGCACUUUAUUAAGGAUGUAAAACCUCUGACGCUAUUUGUUACCCACUAUCCCCCGGUGUGUGAACUGGAAAAACUCUAUCCUCAGAAUAUCAGGAAUUAUCACAUGGCCUUCUUGCUGAAUGAAGAAGUUGAUGAACAAAAUGGAUCUGUUGAGGAACUGCAACCUGAAUCAAUCACUUUCCUCUAUCAGCUGACGGUGGGAGCUGCCGAUCGAAGUUAUGGCCUGAAUGUUGCCAAACUAGCAAGUAUACCUGAAGAAGUGCUGAAGAAAGCUGCUGAGAAAUCCAAGGAAUUGGAAGGUUUGAUGAACACUAAGAGGAAGAAAAUGAAAUCCUUCUUUGAAGUCUGGAAAAUAGAUGAAGGGAAAGAACUAAUGGACUGGGUGAUGGUGAAUAAGUAGAGAUUCAUUUUUCCUUUAUUUUUGAAUAAAUACAUCUACUUGAGAUGCUAAUCUGCUUUUAUGCGUUUGGUUCUAAAGGAACAUUGGGGCUCUGCAUCGUAGUCAAUAGCGCAAGGAAAACAUCCUUUGGCUAAAGUUAGCUGUUGUGUCUCAGACACUUUGUCUCUGCUUUGUCCUUAUUCACUUUGUUUCUCCAUGUACAUCCUAGAACGCAAGAUAAACUAGAUAGGGAAGUACAAUCAGCCCAUCUUGGUUCAUUCAUCCAGAAAAGCUAACAGUUCCUGCUUCCUAUCACAGCAUACAACCACCUCUUAAAUAACUUGAAGGUUUUUGCCUUUGCUUACCCACCUGGAAGUCCAUUCCGUUCGUUCUGUGCAUCAAGAAUUUUCUGAUGUCACACAAAUUUCAGCAGUUUGAACAUAUGCCUCUUGCCCUAAAUCAUAAAACUUUGAUGUGUUUUUACAACAUUUAGCCUAUUUCAUAAAGGUAUUGCCAGGAAUUAUAUCUUGGAAAGAGUCCCUGACCUUAAUACAGAGAACACUGUUUAGCACUGAAACCUGGUUGCAUUUUGUGUCUUUUUUUAAAAAAAGAAACUAGAUUCCCCUCCCCAUCUGCUGAGCCUAUUUCCUGAAUGCUGUGAAGUUGAAAUUAAGCAAACUUUUUAAAUAAAAUGAUCAGUUGAAAUAAAGUUACCCCAUCAUGCUUCCUUUACUGCUGCUCAUACAGAGAGCUGAACCAAGCCAGAACAGUAUGUGAAAACCUGCUGCUUUUUAACAGGAAGAUUGUGUUUAACCUGUUCUGUAUUUUGUCAGGAAUGGAACUCGCCAUUGGUGAGAAAUAAUAAUGCAGGGAAAAAAAUCGUGUCCGCCUAAAUAAUAAUUGUAAUUCCAUGUUAAAUUGAAAAAGUAUGUGUAAGAACAGUUUGUAAUGCAUUGUAAACCAAAUAAAUUAUAAUUUUU